GAAUCAGAGACAUACGUUUGUGUCUGCAAAACAAUAUGGGCUCUGCGAACGGUUUGAGGAAAAUUGCUGCGCUGAUUGGAAUAUUUGCAGUUUUGAAGGUGCAAGCUGUUCCACUUACCGGUGACAAUGCAGAUGCUGGUGAACUGAGGGACGACAUACUUGACAUCAAUAGAGGGUUAAACCACCUGUUUGAGGGAGACAUUGCAGUUGAUCCCAACAGGAAUGCAAUCAUCGAUCAAACAAGAAGGUGGAAGUUUCCCAUCCCCUAUAUCCUUACGGAUUCUUUAGAUCUGAAUGCUAAAGGUGUGAUCCUCCAGGCUUUUGAGGAGUACCGUCUGAGGUCCUGUGUGGACUUCAAGCCCUAUGAGGGAGAGAGCAGCUAUGUCUCCUUCACCAAGCUGGAUGGAUGCUGGUCGUUUGUUGGGGAUGAUAGAGUAGGCCAGAAUGUGUCCAUUGGGGCGAGGUGCGACACUAAGGCCAUCGUGCAGCACGAACUCCUCCAUGCUCUCGGCUUUUACCAUGAGCAGUCUCGCUCAGAUAGAGAUGACUAUGUCAAAAUCUGGUGGGACGAAAUUGAAGAAGGGAUGCAGCAUAAUUUCAACAAGUAUCAGGAUGACUUCAUCACAGAUUUGAGCACACCAUAUGAUUAUGAGUCCAUUAUGCACUACAGGCCUCUGUCAUUCAACAAGAACGAAAGUAUCCCCACAAUCACCACCAGCAUACCGUAUUUUAAUGAGAUUAUCGGCCAGCGGCUGGACUUCAGUGCAGUAGACAUCACCAGAAUCAACCGCAUGUACGACUGUGGUAAGAGUCUCCUUAAAUACAUCCUAAAGGUUUGA